ACGGCCGAGGGGCUGCUGGGCACCGGGGGACGCGGGCUCCCCCUGAAGCUGCUCUGCAGAGGGGUCACACGCGCACACACACACAGACACACACACACACAGACACACACACACACCCACGCACACUCGCGGGGGACACCUGGCAGAUGGCCCGACCGCAGCGCCGAUCCUUUAAUGCGCUUGUGGCAGCGCGACGUCUGGAGAGCAGAUGUAGGAACUGGCCCGCCCUGGUCGAGAAAAGGAGCUGGGCUUCUACACGCCGGUGGCAGCAGCAGGAUGGCUUCGACUUGGAUUCAAAUACUAACAGAGAGCAGGCCUCCCCUCCAAAGAGAGACUGUGACACAUGGAUAGACUUUUCCAAAAUGUACAAUUCAAAUCAAGAGUAUUACUUGAAACUGGAAGAGUUGAAGAAUGCCCACAUGGAGACAAUGGCAAAACUGGAAAGUAUGUAUCAAAACAAACUGUAUUUAAAAGGAGUACAAGCCUUGGAUAAAAGAAUUAACACCUCUCCAAAGUGCUGUAGGCCAACUUGGGACAAGAGUUCAUAUCAGCCUCUUAACCUGCACAAAUCCUUUUCAGACUCAGACUUAAGUGAUCCCUUGGGCUCAAGCGUAUCGGACACGUCUGAUGAAGAAUUAGUGUUUGAAGAAAACGGCAGCGGAGCUGGAUCAUCCUCAUUUGCUAAGCAGCAGAUUGAAAAAAUGUGGGAUGGCUUCUGCCUGGAAGACUACAUUUCCCGUGCCAAGCACAGCUUGCCCAGCUCACCAGCCUGCAGGAAGGGGCACAAGAAAGAGAAAGUGUGGUCCCCCAGAGUCACUGUGCCCAAGCCCUUCCAGAUGACCAUCAGAGAAGCUAAGAAGAAAGAGCAGAAUGUCAAAUCCAAGUCACAGAUUGAGCUGGAAAAUCACUUACUGAAGAAGCAGCUGGAGGAGGAAGCAGAGUGUCAGAAAAAGUUCCGAGCCAAUCCCGUGCCUGCCGCCGUUUUCCUGCCGCUCUACCACGACAUUGUGCAGCGGAACGAGGAGCGCAGGAGGUCUGUGAGGGAGAGGAGCAAGCUCAAGCUCCUGGCUACCCAAAAGCCCUUUAAAUUCAUUGAGCGAGAGAGGCAAAGGCAUGAAGCCAGGAAAAUGCAGUUAAAAGACCUUUCCCUGCCUGAAAAUAAAACUAAAGUGUUCAGAGCAAAACCAGUCCCAAAAUGUGUUUAUAGUCCAGAUUUCCGUGACAAGGUAAAGGAGGAGGAGCUUUGCAGGGAAAUCAGGAUCAGGAUGAGAGCUGAGGAGCUGCUACAAAAUUCAUCUGUACCCAACAGCAGACUGGCCUUAAAACACACCAACAAAAAGAAGAAACGCAAGAGCACUGAACCAAAGCGAAUGGAACACAAGCUCAAGAUCAAAUCGAGCAUUCCUAAUUUUGAACUCCUACAUGAGAAAUUCCAGAAACGCCUCCUGCAACAAAAAAAAGUAAAACCCCUCACGGUCUGUGAGCCUUUCGACCUUUGUACUUCGUACAUUCCCUCAAAAAAGGACAAGAUCUUGAAGGACAUGCAAGAGGAUGAGGAAAAAUUGAAGGAAACAAGGUGGCCAUUUGCCUCUCCAAGACAGAAGCCUCAGAUGGGGCAGUCAGGGGCAAACCCACAUCUCCUGGGAGAAGGAAAAUCCAAACCUCCCAAAACCACAGAAUCCACGAGACGACGGCUGCAAGCCUUGAGGAAUUCCCUUGAGGAAAAGAGAAAGCUGGAAGAACAACAAAAAAGGAACAGAAACAAGCAGAAACAAAGAACGAAAAAAUUCCAGAAAAUUGUGAUGGCUCGGGCUGAGGCCAGUGACCCACAUCAGAGCCUAGCUCAGAUGUCUAAAACCAGAUUAAAAACAUUCAGGAACAACGAGAAGCAGAGAAAGCAGGAAUAUUUGCAAGAAUUGCAAGAAAUGGAAGAAAGAGUAAAACAAAUGCCAUUGCUUUUUGAAAGAGUCGCUCAGAAAAAUGCCAGAAUAGCUGCAGAAAAGUAUUAUUCAAACAGACUGAGAGCACUGGGAAUCUGCCCAGAGUUUGUUUCAAAGAAAGGAGGAGCAGCCAAAUCGCUCCAGUUCUCCACUGCUGGAGAUUUUACCUCCAGUGCUGGCAGAGCAAGAAUCACCGAGGUUAAAAUGAAAAGAAGGGGAUCCUUUGAGGAAGCAGCUGGUGAGAGUCCCCAGUCUGAGCAGUUGUGGGAGGAGGAGGAAAAGAAGGGAAAAGGUGUCAAAACCUCCACCCCAAAUGAGCAGUGCAGUGACCUGGAGGAUGGGGGUGGGGCCAGAGCCAGCCCUGAUGUCCUUGAGCCUGAAUGGGAGGAGGAGGAAGCCAAUGUAGACCUGUCAUUUGGCCAUUCCCAGGAGGAAGAGGAGGAGGAAGAGGAAGCAAAGGCAGGCCCAUUGCUUGGUCAUUCCCAGGAGGAGAAGGAGGAGGAGGAAGAGGAAGAAGAAGCAAAAGCAGGCGCAUCUCUGGACCAUUCCCAGGAGGAGGAAGAGGAGGAGGAAGCCAAGGCAAGCCCAUCCCAUGGCCAUUCCCAGGAGGAGGAGGAGGACGAGGAGGAUGAGGAGGACGAGGAGGAGGAUGAGUCCAGACCCAGCUCCCAGUCUGACAAGCCCCAUGAGCAUGAGGAGGAAGCUCAGUCUGAGCCCGAAGCUGAGGGCGCCUUCCAGUAUGAGGAUGAGGAGUAUGAGAGUGAUGAUUCUGAGGAGAGGGCCGGUGAUGAGGAAGGGCACUGACAGGAAGGGCUGGGACUCAGGAACCUCUUACACUGCUGGCUGUGCUUUUUGAAGCACUUUUUGUAUUUACAAUGUUUCUUCCUCUAGAAACCAUCCCCUCCUGUUCAUAGUUAUCACAACACCAAGCAGGUUUUGUUCUUUUUUCCUUUGGGGAAAAAGCUAUUACCUUUUACAGCUGCUCCAGAUGAAGAGAAUAACAAAAGAAUUCAAAUUCUUGAAAAAAAAUGUUUGAAGCCAUCCCUGUUUUGGAAUUAAUUAUGGUCUCAUGUACAAUCCUCAAGGCUUCUCUAAUGGCAGCAAACAAAAUAUUUGCCUGAGCUUGGCAGAUUAUAGGCACUCUAAAGAUCAAGAUAUAUUAUUAACAAUUAUAUUAGACACCAGAGAAAAGCUUGGUGCUUUGCUACACAUCCAAAAUUCUGAAUUUUUACUUCUUAGUUUGUGAAUUUUUACUUCUUAGUUUAGGAGACCUGCCAGUGCAGGAAUUCUGUUUGCUUUCCAGUAAGAAAGCUCAAGUUGCAAGUUUUCACCAAGAAAAUAAUUUAGUAUUUCUGUAUUACUCUUCUUUAUUGCACUCUUCUGUGACAUGAGUGCACCUCUGUUCUCAAAAUGAGCUGCAACCUCAUUGUUUAAUAAUAAAUUAUUAAAUUACACAGUGUGCUGUGUAACUGCUGAGGGCUCAUAUGCAGCUCUUCCCAUGGGCUGGCAAAGCCAGGGCAGAUUUUGGAGCAGGAAUUGCCAUUUUAUCCCUGGAAAAGGGGAGACUUUUAACCUCAGGUGACUCCAGUUGUAUGAAACUAUGCAAGGAAAUGCUUUAAUACCUUCUUACGCACUGGCUACUCAGGACUUCAGCUACUCCACAAAACACUCUCCAAAAAUGUUUGGGAUUUGGAUUUUUUUCUUGCAUCAGUAGUACCUUCCCCUACUAUUACUGACUUUCUUGCAAAAAAAAAUCUGUUAUUAUUUUUUCCUCCUUUCUUUGUUACACUGUUUCUCUGUGUUUGGAAAUUUUUAAAGCAUUCUGACUUUUAUUUAUUUUGCAAGUGUGAACAUAACUAAUGUGAAUUUGAAACUUUUUUUAAACUUGAAUAAAAUAUCUGUGAAAUUAUUAA